GAAGAAUAUGUGGUGGCUUUGCAUGAUUUUGCAUCCAACAACGAAACAUGCCUAUCCUUCGUUUCCGGACAAGUGAUUCGCGUGUUUAACAGAGACGAAUCCGGUUGGUGGGAUGGGGAGUUGGAUGGUCAGAGAGGAUGGUUCCCGAGCAAUUACGUAGAUGAAAGUGGACUAACAUCUGACAGCAACGCAUUCGGAUUCUCAGAGCGAGACGAAGUGCCGGAAGCCUUCAAUCCUGAUCGGACUGUAGAUGGAUUCGACCAAGUUAGCAGCGAGAGCGCAAGAGAGACUCUAGGUUCUUCCGGUAGCAGUCAUCAUACCGCCACAUAUGCAAACAAUAGACAUCUUCGCAGGCCAAACGGAGCAGUGGAGCUUCAUGCUCCCAUGCCAAGUAUUGUGGAGCCAAUUCAACACGCCAUCUCAUUAUUGCACAACGCUGUUCGAGCAAAUCGGAUAGCCCAUUUUCAGCCUUCUACUGCAUGUGUGAUUUCAUCUGUUCGAUCUGUGCUGUCUUCUACAGAUUGUUUGACACGCGAAUCAUCAGUAUUGAAAGCACAUCCUGUCUUGGCCAAGGAGCGGAAGCAAAUAUUGGCUGAAUUGAGCAGAUUGGUAACGCAGGCAAGAAGGGCAUCUGACCCUACAUUCGAUAAUGCAUCACUGGCACAAGAAAUGGAAAUCAUGCUACGUAUGGCAGAUCAAGUGAUCUUUAAUGUGAAACGAUUUUUGGACGUAGCAGUGGAAUGUGGCGUUCAUAUCCCUGACAAGCAUUCUAGCGUAUACGAUGAUAUGUACGAUGAUGGAAGGUUGUCUGCAACAACUUCCCGUCAAGGCGGUAACUUCCCAAACCGAUUCGAUCAAGAUAAAACCCCAACGCCCGAUUCGCCACGCAGUUCAACCUAUAGAACAGCAUUUACCUCUGAUCAUGUAUCACCGAGAAGUUCGCGAAGCUAUGUUGACCUUCGUGGCUCAAAUCCACCGUUGUCAACUUUUAGAGGUGAAGGAAAUGCUUUAACAGUAGCUGCUCGCAUCAAAGCACAAGCUUUGAACCAAAAUGGAAGCACUCCCAAUCUUUUCAGUACAAAUACAUCAGCUACAGACGCAAGAGCUCAUGCUGAGGCUUAUGCGCAAGACGGCAAUAGUGCCUCACACGGUUCUCAUUCUCCCGAAGGCUCUGGCGAUUCAGAGACUCAUUCGGACGAACGUCGCGCUGAAUCGUCGGAAGGAUCGGAUGAAGGACCUAUUCCAUCAGUCCCAAAAGAAUGCGCACCUGCUGAAGUAAUGGAGCGAAUUCAGCAUGCCAACGAUCAUCUAUUGUCAAUUAUUGCUGCUUUCAUUGGUCACAUUCAUGGACACACACGUGAAAGUCAUGCUUCUAGCUAUGCAUUCUUGAUCGACAUGACUCGUGCGACUGUGGACGGAGUAAGAAACUUGCUCGUCAUUGUUGAAGCUGUUCAUGGAUGUCAAGAAUUGGCUUCCAAAUUGCCAAAACAGAUGCAAAUCUUAUGGGAAACACGUGAAAGCGUGUACGAGGCAACUGCUUCUCUCGUUACUGCAGCAAGGGUGAUUACAUCUUCAGCCAAAGCAGAAAAGUCUCCUUCUUUGGGCGAUGGCGAAGAUGACGAAAAGCAAAAGUUGUUGCAAGCAGCUACGAUUGUUUUACGAGCAGGCGGAGAAUGCGUUGGAGCUGUAAAGUUGUGCUUGAAUCGAGCUCCUGCUUCUUUGCGUAUCACUCUUGCCAUGCCGUCAUCUUUGCACGCACAAAGCCAAAGAAGUCAAAGUAGCACUUCUAGAGAAGGUCACAAUGCAAACGAUCAAGGAGAUGAGGAAGCAGAAGCGGGCGAACGUCAUAUUGAAGCCGCAGAAGUACGUCGCAAUAAGCAUACUUUAUCAUACCUCGGUCGUAAAGCAACGAGCUUGAGCUGUCUACGCGAGCGCUACGAGCAAGAUGUCGAAGGGCCUGCAACUCCAUCAAGUCGAUUUGCAGAUGUUGCGGAAGAGGCUAAUGAAGAUUCCAGUGACGUUUUCGUUUCUAUAGAUAUGAACACAUUGGAUCCAAACGACGAGACGAAAAAGAAUGCAAACAAUACUCAGCAAUCAGAAGCUGCCGAAUCGAGCGAUUCCAGUGAGCCCAUGUCGCGUGACCAUUCUAGAACGUCAGCAUCUACUUUGCAUUCCACUCAUUCGAUUACUACGCCAAGCACAUCCGCUAGGCCUUCGAUGGAUAGAGGAGAGCAUGCCGCAUCAAACUCUUUAGGUCAGCAUCAACAAAUCAAUUCGGAAAUUGAUGCACGUAAUAGAAGCGGUAGCAGUGCAAGCGUUGGAAGGUUAUCGCAAAUGACAACAACCACAUCGGAAGCUUCUUCGCCUGCUUCAAUUUCAUCUCCAUCUUUCCCUUCACCGCCAAAACGUGUUGGUCGUAGCCUUUCCUCUGAUGCACGUAUCCUGGCUCCAGAUUACGAUUCAUCAGAAAUUUGUUUCAAUUCUGAAGGUCAAUUGACCGGAGCCACGUUGAAAGCUUUGGUGGAAAAGAUGACGCCGCAUAACACAACAAUUGAUGCAACUUUGAGCAAUGCAUUCUUCCUUUGCUUCCGUUUGUUCACAACGCCGAUGGAGUUGUUUGAAGUGUUGGAAGCACGUUACAAUAUGCGAGCACCAGCUGAGAUUGAAUUGAAUGCCGACGAUUUCACACGAUGGACCGAAUUGAAAGUUGCUCCAGUGCGAUUGAGAGUGUUCAAUUUCUUCAAAUUGUGGCUGGAAAAUCAUUGGAAUGGCGCAACAGAUCAUUGCAUUUUGGAAAAGUUGAUCGAAUUUACGCAGACUUCAAUGAUGCAUUCUCUCAACAAGCCUGGUCAACGAUUAGCAGAAUUAGCGAAUAGAAGAUUAUCCGCUGGACCAAGCGCAAAGAUGCAGACAGUUGCUGUAACAUCGCCCGGAUCGGGAGGCUCAGGCACACGUGGACCCGGAUCAUUGAAAAGAAUGGUGUCUGCCGAUCGUGUUGUCAAAACUACUCCAGGAUUGACGGAGAUUGUGAGCAUGUACACUCCCAAUGCUACACCCAAGUCUUCUUCUGCACCUCAACCGAUUGUAUCGAAAACAUUGAUGACGCAAUUGAAGCAAUUGGCUCCAGCAAGAGUAAAUGUGAUGGAUUUCGACCCUCUGGAACUUUCACGUCAAUUGACAAUUAUGGAGAGCAGAAUCUAUUGUUCCAUAUUACCUGAAGAGCUUUUAGGUCAAGAGUUCAGCAAGAAGGUUGGCGUCAGCAAUGCUAUCAAUGUGAAAAGGAUGAGUGCACUCAGUACACACAUCACCGGUUGGGUGAGCGAAUGCAUUCUGAACGAAGAUGAUGCACGCAAGCGAACUCAAUUGGUCAAAUUCUUUAUCAAAUUGGGAGAUCGCUGUUUGAUGUUGAACAACUUCAAUGCUUUGUUCGCCGUUCAAAGCGCUUUGAAUUCUUCCACGAUUGCACGUUUGAAGAAGACAUGGGACGGAUUACCAUCCAAAUACCGCACUUUGAUGGAACAACAAAGAAAAGCAGUUGAGCAUACACGAAACUUUGCUGGCUAUCGUCAAAGAUUACGUUCGAUCAUGCCACCUGCUUUACCAUUUGUGGGUUUGUUCUUGACCGAUUUGACUUUCUGUCAUGAAGGAAAUGCAUCAACACGUCCUUCCCCUGCUGAUCCGAACAAGAGGUUGCUCAAUUUUGAUAAAUAUGUGAAGAUGAGUAGAAUCAUUGGCGAUUUACAAAGAUUCCAAACGCCUUACAAUUUAUCGGAAGUGGCAGAAAUUCAAGAAUACUUGCAAACCAUGCUGGAAUCAUCCUCUCAAAGUGGUAAGAAUGCAGUCACGGCGGAAGAGCUGUACAGACGUAGUUUGCGAUUGGAGCCACGCAACAACAGUAAUGGUACAAUCCAAACUGGUCAUGGACUAGGCGUUGGAAGUACUGUACCGGAUGGAAUCUCUUCUUUAAAUACAGUUUCCAAUCGAACAGGUCUUGGUAGUGUGGGUGGAUUGGACAUCUUUAACUGGAAAUGA